CUCUGCUACCUGGGGGAGAGGGGCCCAGCUGCUUCGGGCAGGGGGAGGAAGCGAGGAAGAAGACGGGCAGGGCUGGAGGAGAGGGAAGUCAGAAGCUUACCUUUUCUAGAAUGAAGAGACAGAAAGAAAAAGACAGAGAUCCAUAUUGAGGAGGAUGCAGCACUGUCAGAUGAAAAUGAAAAGCAGAUGAAAUGAGAAGCAGAUUUCAGUGCUUCUUUCUCUGGUGGGAAGAGGAGCCCUCCCUGUACACUGUCAAAGCCAUCCUGAUUCUGGACAAUGAUGGAGAUCGACUGUUUGCCAAGUACUAUGACGACACCUAUCCCAGUGUCAAGGAGCAAAAGGCCUUUGAGAAGAACAUUUUCAACAAGACCCAUCGGACUGACAGUGAAAUUGCCCUCCUGGAAGGCCUGACAGUGGUCUACAAAAGCAGUAUUGAUCUCUAUUUCUACGUGAUUGGCAGCUCCUAUGAAAAUGAGUUAAUGCUCAUGGCUGUUCUGAACUGCCUGUUCGACUCAUUGAGCCAGAUGCUGAGGAAAAAUGUAGAAAAGCGAGCUCUGCUGGAGAACAUGGAAGGGCUCUUCUUGGCCGUGGAUGAAAUCGUAGAUGGAGGGGUGAUCUUAGAGAGCGAUCCCCAGCAAGUGGUACAUCGAGUGGCAUUAAGGGGUGAAGAUGUGCCCCUUACGGAGCAGACCGUGUCUCAGGUGCUGCAGUCAGCCAAAGAACAGAUCAAGUGGUCGCUCCUUCGGUGAAGACCCCAUUGUUCCUGGCUCCUCACCCCUCAAAAAAUCCACAUGUCUGCUGUGACUUCUCAUCUAGUCCCCCAACUGAUGCUCUCAGGGUCAUCUCGGGGAUCACAAGAGAUCCUUCAACCUCCAUUCUGUUUGUGGUUGCCCCCCGCCCUCCUUACCCAUAUCCUUCUCCCUCUUUUUUGCCGUUCUGGGAGUAAAGCUCCCAGCAGAUUUGUACAGAGAGCCGGGGAAGCACCCGCUUUCUAGGAAGGAGCAUGGACUAUGCUCCAGGCACUCCUGCCCCUCCUCCCCCGCCCCACAUUUGCCCCUCAACUUCUGUGCCCUUUGCUGCAGCUAUACUUCAGAUCAAAGCAGAAGAAAGAA